AUGACCCUCCACACCCCCACCCCCAACCCCUCCCCUUUCGUCCGCUUCACCCGCCGCAUCUACCACCCCCUCCACUUCCAAAAAGGCUACAACUUCACUCUCUGGUUCAUCUUCUCCGCCGCUCUCCUGGGCUUCCACCUCGCCCGCGCCCAAUACAUGAACGUCUCCGCCUCCUACCUCCCCCAAGCCGGCCCGGGCGAAGCCUACUACUUCCGUCAAUACUACUACCGCAUCGGAAUCUCCAUCCACCUCAUCGCCAUCAUCCCCGCCGGCUUCCUCGUCCUCUUCCAAUUCAUCCCUUACAUCCGCCACACCUUUCGUCUCUUCCACCGCAUCAACGGCUACAUCAUCCUCCUGCUGCUCCUCAUCUCCAACGUCGGCGCUCUGCUCAUCGUCCGGCGAGCCUUCGGCGGUACCCUGGCCACACAAUCCGCAACCGGCGUCCUCGCUCUCGCAACCACCCUCGGCUCCGUCCUCGCAUACAUCAACAUCAAAUCCCUCCAAAUCGACCAACACCGCGCCUGGAUGCUGCGCACCUGGUUCUACGCCGGCAGCAUCAUCACAACCCGGCUCAUCAUGAUCAUAGCCGUACAAAUCAUCUCCUCCAUAGGUUCCUACUACACCGCCAUGUCCUGCGCGCAAAUCGCCGGCACUCGAGACGACGGGGAUGUCUCCGCCUACCCCGCCUGCGUCUCCGAUCCGGGCGGGUACACGGCCGUGCACGCGGACUUUUCUUCCACGGCGGGGAUCGAGGAGAUCGCGGCGGGAUUUGAGUUGACGUUUGGCAUGGCGUUGUGGAUGGCGAUGGUUAUGCACGCGGUGGGGGUGGAGGUGUAUUUGCGGUUGACGACGGCGGAGGGGGAGAGGUUGAGGGAGGUGAGUUAUGAGAGGCAGGUGGAGAAGGGGAUGAAGAGGCCGGGACGGGCGGGGUUGACGGCGGAUCGGUUGGGGGAUGUGGAGGGUUGGGUGCCGAGGGGGAAGGGAGAGGUGGGAGAGGGAGGGAUGAAGGAGGGGAAAUAG